AUGAAUAACAAGUCCUCUUCUUCUAUUGUUUCAGAUUGGGAGAGCUUGAAAGAGCGCGGUAACCAAGCUUUUAAGAAUAAUUUGUUCAAGGAUGCUGUGGAAAUUUAUGGUAGGGCCAUUGAGGCAAAAGCUGACGAACCGGUACUGUAUUCUAACCGCAGUGCUGCAUUUUUGAAACAGUUGGAAUUUAAGAAAGCUGCUGAGGAUGCCAAGAUGGCGGUGAAUUUGGACAAAACUUUUGUCAAGGCGUACUCUCGCUUACAUAGUGCACUCUGCAAUUUAGGUGACUUUAGGAAAGCUACCGAGGAAAUGGCAAAUGGUAUUGUCGAAAUUAAUGCGAAUCCUAGUUGUGCGAAAACAUCAGAGGAUCUAAAGCUUCUAAAAGAGUUACAUAAUAGUGCAGAGAAAGCCCAUACAGAUUUCAAAAGGGCUGAGCAAUUAGUAGCAAGUGGUGACCACGAAGGCGCCAGCCGUAUUAUAUCGGAUGUCCUGCGUCAGUUUCCUACUUGCGCUCCUGUGGCGUUUCUUUCUGCUGAAUGUACGGUUUCUAGAGAUCCAGAGGGCACGAGCAGGGUAUUGGUCCUGCUUGCCGAUCAAUACAGUGAUGACCCGUACUACUUAUAUCUCCGUGCUUUAAUGUUAUAUUAUCGAGGCGACAGCAGCUUUGCUGUUGCGCAAGAAUUACUCAAGCAAGCCCUGGGGUUGGACCCUGAUAAUAACAAGUUUUCCGUUCUCCUUAGGAAUAUUCGAAAUAUUGAGAAGCACAAAGAGGAAGGGAAUAAAUUUUUUAGACAAAAACGCUCUAGGGAGGCUAUUGAAGAGUAUACAGUUGCUAUUCAGACUGACGCGACGAACACUCGUGUUAACGCUAUCAUCCGGGGCAAUCGUGCAGCUGCACGUAUGGAUGUUAAUGAUUUUCAGGGUGCCUUACUUGAUUGUGAUUAUGCGAUUAAGAACGGUGUAGAAAGCGCAAAACUUUACGCUCGCCGAAGCCGUGUCCAGGAACAUCUGGAUAUGUUCGAUGACUCCCUUCGCGACAUGCAAUGCGCGGCAAAUAAGGAUAGAAAUUUUGAAGCAGAAUUGCAGCAGUUGAAGGGGCGCAUCAAACAAGCCAAACGCAAGAAUUACUACAAGAUUCUAGAUCUUUCUCCGAAUGAAUCGGACAACAGUACCAUCAAGAGGGCGUAUAAGAAAGCUUGCCUCCAAUGGCAUCCCGAUAAAUGGGCUCACGCCAGUGAAACGGAGAAGGAUCAUGCUGAGAAAAAAUUCAAGGAUAUCGGUGAGGCAUUUGGUGUUUUAUCCGAUCCUGCCAAAAAGCGUCUCUACGACUCUGGCCAGAUGGAUAACGAUGUCGAUGGGGCGUAUCAAACCUCGGCUAGCUUUGCGCCUGGAAACGAAGAAAUUAUUAACCUAAUGAACGUGAUGUUUGGUGGUGCCAGGAUGAGUGGAUUUUCCAAUGGAGGCUUCCAAAAAGCUACUUAUGGACGUGGAGGUAGACGACAAGGGUAUACUAGAGGUGGUUAUACCUAUUCAUAA